GAGGACUGGACGACAGUACGCUGAGCUGACAAGAGUUUAGAUUUUUUUGCAAAAUGAGUGCUUUAACACGAGUGAAAAGACCUAUAUUGCAGCGCUUGGCAUUCUUUGUGCAAUCAAGGAACUUCAAAGCUGGUUCAUGUUCAGUGUUGUAUCAAAAGACACAGAAUGCACYAAUUCCUGAGAUUGAGAUGCCUCCAUGUGAUUACGAACCAGAACCUUACAAGGGAAUGCCAUUUGAUAAUGCGCAAGCUGUGAGGAAAUCUAAGUUGGGACCAGGUCUGUUGACGUACUACAAGAAUCCUGUCUAUAUCUGGAAGGGACAUAUGCAAUGGUUAUGGGACUCUAAUAACAAGAGAUACCUUGACUUCUUUGCUGGAAUAGUAACUGUUGGAGCUGGUCAUUGUCAUCCGUAUAUUACUAAGGCCGCCGCAGAACAGAUGAAUAAAUUAUGGCAYACAACUAAUAUCUAUUACAAUCCACCUAUCCAUGAGUAUGCACAAGCAAUGGCUGAAAAAAUGCCUGGCAAUCUAAAGGUUUGUCAUUUUGUAAACAGUGGAUCAGAGGCCAAUGACAUGGCUAUAAUGAUGGCUAGAGCWCACACUGGCAAUUUUGAUAUUGUUAGUUUGAGGAAUUCUUACCAUGGCACUAGUCCAGCAACACUUGGAAUCUUAAACCACUCCACAUGGAAGCUCAAUGUUCCUGUCAACUUUGGAUACUUUGCAACAAUGAAUGCUGAUGUUUACCGUGGUCCAUGGGGAGGUGCAAAUUGUAGGGACUCAGUUGCACAAACCACAAGAACUUGUGAUUGUGCCCCAGGUGUGUGUCAAGCAUCAAAUAACUAUGCUGAUCAAUUGGAAGACAUGUUGAUUCAUAGUACAGGCAAGAAAGUGGCUGGCUUUAUUGCUGAGACUAUUCAGGGAGUUGGAGGAAGUGUUCAUCUUCCCAAAGGAUUUUUAAAGAAAGCAUACAAGCUAAUUAGGGACAGAGGUGGUGUCUGCAUUUCUGAUGAGGUUCAAUGUGGAUUUGGACGUCUUGGGAGCCAUUAUUGGGGAUUUGAAACACAAGAUGUUAUACCUGAUAUUGUCACAUUGGCCAAAGGUAUUGGUAAUGGAUUUCCUAUGGGUGCCGUGAUUACAACACCAGAAAUUGCUGAAAGUUUCUCGAAAGCAGUUCAUUUCAACACAUAUGGUGGUAAUACCAUAGCUUCUGCUGUUGGAAAGGCUGUUCUUGAGACUAUUGAUAAUGACAACUUGCAACAAAACUGUGCAACUACAGGGACUUAUCUACUGGAGAAACUUGUUGAAUUAAGAACAGAAUUCCCAGAUAUUGUAGGUGAUGUUAGAGGAAAAGGAUUGAUGACGGGCGUAGAGAUGGUCAUUGAUAAGGAAAAGAAAACGCCGAUGCCUGCUGAACUUUUUGUACCUGUCUGGGAAGAAUGCAAAGACAUGGGACUGCUACUUGGUAAAGGUGGAUUACAUGGAAAUGUUUUCAGGAUAAAGCCACCAAUGUGUAUCACCAAAGAAGAUGUCGACUUUGCUGUAACUGUGAUGAGAACAGCUUUUCAGAGAUAUUUAGAGCGUCAGUAGUUACUAGUAGUUAGCUGGGGUUAACGGGGACUGAUGGAUUCUUUUUAUUCUUCAUUUCACAAAAUAAAUAUUUUUUUUAAAUAACUGAGUAUGCAUUUAGGCUUGCUACAAAUCAGGAGGAAACCUGCUUAAGCCAAAAAUUGACUMAAAGCAUGACUUUCAGAAAGUCUAAGUAUGCCAUGUAUAAAGUUUUCUGCUAAAUCCUUUACAAAGAAAUAAAAAUAACGAUUUUGACUUUUUUCUAUUGAUUCAUUCAUGUCAUAAUCUUACAUUUGUAAUUGUUAGAUUCAAGAGACACACACACAAAAAAAAUAUACCGGUACUGUUAAUAACCAGGUACGUUUCGUAUUUGAAAUUUUGCUUAAGGUCCAUAUAGUUAAAAGGAAUAUGGGAUAUUUAAGUGCAUCGUGCAUAUAUCAAAGCAUCAUGCAUUUAGUAUAAAAAAUUAUGCGUAUUUGGUUACCAUAGCAACACUACAUCAUUCUCAAAUUAUUGUAUUUUUGAAAUAAAAAAAUUCAAACCGUGCUUUGUUCGCGCGGUUAAUUUUUUUUAAAUCUGCAAAAUGAAAGAAAUUGCUUUAACUCAAAAUGUAACAAUGUAACUUUGACAUAAUAAAAAAAAAUCUGUCAUUGAGAGCGGCUCUAUUUUUUGCAUGGCAAUUUCUUAUAAGGAGACUAAAAAUAUAUAAAAAAAAUCAGAACAUUUGUCCGCGGAAUUUUUGAGUAAAAAAAAAAAUAGCAGAAAAACAGCAAUUACGUUGUCACAGUUUCAGAGAAGGAAAAGACUGGAAAGAAAUGCCUUGGGUCGAUUGUAUAGUCGUAAUUGUGUAUAUUGUUUAGUUAACUGKGAAUAAAGAAAAGUGAAGUACAUGAA